CGCAUAUAUUGACUUUGAACACUGUCCAUCUUGACGGUUUCGUGGCAGAUCAAAAUUUCUAGUCAACCAAUGCUAGUCGGGGCUAGAUCUAACUAAUGGAUUGUUGUUGCCUCUUGAUAUCAUGAUUACAUCAAGACUCGGAAAGCUGUGCCCAUCAAUGUGCGCCGAGCGUAAGAAAGUAAAAUAUAACACAGCAGUCUUUAAAAUCUUGAAGAAGAACGGACAACAUUAUUAUAGACGACGGAAAACCGCAUUCACGAGAAUCAUAAAUGCUUGGUUUCCUCUCUCCGUCGCGUUACGUCUUCGUUGUUCUUUUGAUGCUACCUAUACAAAAAUGCGACGAUAUAACAUGGUUAUUACACGUGGAGUGGCUUCUAUUGUGAAAGCAUCUGUCGUUCUGCCGUCGGUCAUUGUGACGAUCCGAGCACUAAGCAGGAAGAAAGACGGGAAAUCGGAAAUUGGAAAUUAAUUUCUGCAUGUCACCGCCACCGCCACCGCCGCCACGGUUAAUUCGUCGUCUGAUCAGCGCCGCAAAAUUUAAAAACAUCAUCGCGAUAUUGCCGCAGCGCCGGUCAUUUCUCAGCGGGUCGCGGAGCGGAGGUAGGAUGGCCUCGCGGCGCGGGCGUGCCUGCGGAGCGGAUGUCGAAGAACCUGAGGAGAAGAGGGGUAGAUACAGAAGGAGCCCGAAUGAGCCACUGCCAGGUGUACGUAUCGCCCAGAGGGAUAGGUAGAAAACAAGGUGGGAACCAUAUGUUGAUCUGCUGACGGGCGCUCUGGCACGCGCCAGGCGCACUCAAACUCGAGCCUUUACACCGCGAGGAUCAGGAUUGUGGUGUCCACCUUGGCGUCCUUCCGCCGACUUGAUCGAAUGCCUGACAGUUCGGUCUCGAUGUUCCUUUCUCGGCCUCACGGCCCACGCGUACAAGAAUUUCGAUACGAGGAACGCAGUGAACAAGACACUAUCAGCAAAGUACGCGCGAGAAUUCAAUCGGGUUGAUUUCGCGUAGGUGAUGUGUCGAAUGGUACAUGCGGUAUUCCUGACGCACAAGAAGUGCGUCUCUCAAUGUUAUAUCGGAUAUACUUUAUUAGAUGCGAUAAAAUUGUUUAAUGCGGUGUGUAUUAAGCAAUAGCAUAAGAAUAAGUCGCCUAAAAGCCAUUACUUAGCUGUGUUGACAAACUCAAUAGAAUGUGAAUCAACGCUGACGAACCUGGUGCUUCAGCCCUUUCUUCUGUGUGACGUCGGGACAAUUUGACAAAGAUCAUAGAGAUGUAAAAAAUUCGCUUACACAAGAAUCUUGAACUUGUAUAUAAAAAAAAAUUACUUUAGCUACAUUUCACCUUGAUGUGACACAACUCUGAUGAAGCUCCAUAUGUGUUACGCAUAGAGAUAUAUUCUUGUAGUGCCAAGUCAAUCGAAUACUUUUCCAAUCCAAUCAUGGCCCUGCUAUCGAACCAUCACUGCAACUAUCAGAACACGCAAUCCGACAUGUUAACACCCGCAUACCCGAACUCGGCGAGGAGCUACGACCCCUUGUAUCCGUCGCCGUACAACUCCCCGAACUACGAGUCCACGAGAAUCGCGUAUCAAGACAAUUGCACGCACGAGAGCGAGCUCACGCCACGAAGAGACAUCGAGAUGCUGGACUACGCCAAGGACAUGGUGUCAGAAUACACGAAGACUCCGGAGGGAUACGAUCGAGGACCUUACGGCGUCCUGACGCCCGUCACUCCGCAAAGAUACGAACAGCCGCACUCGAUGGAUCAGACCACGUCACCGCGAUCGACAUUGUACGAGGAAAGCUCAAUGGAUUAUCAGCCGCCGUCAUAUUGCUACGAGACGUCUCCUCAAGAACCGAGAUAUCAACCCCUGGAGAACAACAAGCCGAUCCUCACGAUUGUCGAACCUCGCGCCAAUUGUUGGGAGCCCAUCAUCUCGACGAAGAGAAUGCCGACGACGCCGCCGGUGAGUCCGCGGAAGGGCAGACGGAGAUCUCGCGACGUGCCGCCGUCACCGACGGUACUCAAGCGUCGGCGUCUCGCCGCGAACGCGCGCGAACGACGUCGCAUGAACGGUCUGAACGACGCCUUUGACAAGCUGCGCGAAGUCGUGCCGAGUCUCGGGACCGACCACAAACUCAGCAAGUUCGAAACCCUGCAAAUGGCACAAAGCUACAUAGCUGCCUUGUGUGAUCUUCUACAAAGACACGACAGCAAGAGAUAGAUCUCGAAGUCGAAAACGCAAGUAUCAUAUGCACAGUAUCACCCUAACACUGUUACCUUGAAGACGCAUUUACCUAAUCCAGUUUUCGGCAAAUCCUUGGGUCGCAACAAUGACCUCUAUAAUCAUAAUUUUUCCUUUUUUUUAAAUUAAUCCAAAUAAAUUAUUGAUUUCAAAAUUAAUUUUCCCAGAUUUUAAUAAGUCAAACCAUUGUUGUACUGAACUCUUAAAAUGUUGAGAAAUCAUCAAUUAUUAAAGUUUAAUGUGUUGGAACUGCGAUACUUGUGUAUUAUGAGUAAAAUUAACUGAAAAAAGGACGAAUAAUUGUUAGUCAAAAUUAUUUAUCAUAUGAUCUUAAGAUAUAAAAUUAAUAACAAAACGCACAGAUAAUAUUUCAAUACGUAUCUAAAGCGUAACAAGAUAUUUAUAAUGGUUGUUGUAAAAAUGUAAAGACUGAACUGCACAGACGGUACAGAAGGCCUUCUCAGUACCCAAGUAGCAAAGUGACGUCAAAUGACGUCUUAAUAACGUCUUAAUGACGUCCAUAACGUCAAUAAAACGUCUUUAAACGUCAUCUUUGCUACUUGGGUACUAUCAUAUAUAAUUUAAUCUAAAUAAUUAUAAUAUCCGACUAAAACCUAAUAUUAUGUCUUUAUAAGAAUUAAACAUUUUUGCUGAUAAUUAUUUCUAUUGUUAUUAUGCGAAAAAUU